AUGGUUGACACAACAGGUUGGACUGCUUCCAAGUGGGUCAAGUUCCAUCAGGACACCACGCCUGAGGACUCGUUCCAGGUUCUGCUCGAUCUGGUCAAGUCGCUCAAGACGUAUCCUGAGGAGCCUGCCUGGAUCUCUGUUGCUUCUGAAGAAAACCUCAAGCACCAAUGGAGGAUUCUCCAAUCCAAGUCAAACAAAAAACAGCUCCGGCUUUACGGUGUGCCUAUUGCGGUCAAAGACAACAUUGACGUGAAGGGUUUUGCUACCACUGCUGCCUGUCCUUCUUUCAGCUACGAGCCUGAGCAGGAUGCAACCAUAGUGUCUCUUCUCAAAGACCAGGGUGCCAUCGUUGUGGGCAAAACCAACCUCGAUCAAUUUGCAACAGGCCUGGUCGGCACACGGUCUCCGUACGGAAUCACGAAAAACGCUUUCAACGACAAAUACGUUUCCGGUGGCUCUUCUGCUGGUUCUGCGGUGGUUGUUGCCAGAGGAGUCGUGCCUAUUUCGCUUGGCACCGACACGGCCGGCUCUGGAAGAGUGCCUGCUGCUCUGAACAACCUGAUCGGCCUCAAGCCCACGAAGGGCGUUUUUUCCACGGCCGGUGUUGUGCCUGCCUGUAGAUCUCUGGACUGUCCGUCUGUUUUUGCUACAAACCUUGCGGAUGCACAGCUGUGCUUUGACAUCAUGGCCAAGGCCGACUUCGCGCAAUGCGAGUACUCCAGGGCUCUUCCGGCCAACCCAAGAAGACAUUAUCCUGCGAAGCCGAGAGUUGCUGUGCCUAUCGACUUCACAGGCCUCUGGUACGGCGACUCUGAGAACCCAAAAAUUUACAACAAGGCUGUCGAGACAUUCAAGCAGAUGGGCGCGGAAAUUGUUCCUUGCGACUUCACGCCGCUACUGGACCUCGCCAAGUGUCUAUACGAAGGUCCAUGGGUGGCAGAGAGAUGGGCUGCCACCAAAGAAUUUUUUGAGUCGAAUCCGCCGGAAAAAGAUUUAGACCCGACCGUUGCCAAGAUCAUCAGGGGCGGAAAAGCCCCUGACGCAGCUGCCGCGUUCAGCUACGAGUACAAAAGACAGGGCAUUCUGAAACGUGUCCACGAGAGUUUCAAGGGAACAGACGUCAUGCUUGUGCCCACAUGUCCGCUAAACCCAACUAUCAAGGAAGUCCAGGAGGAACCUAUCCUGGUCAACUCCAGACAGGGAACAUGGACCAACUUUGUGAAUUUGGCCGACCUGUCUGCGCUGGCCGUUCCUGUCGGGUUUAGAGCCGACGGUCUGCCGAACGGUGUGACGCUACUGGGCCAGGCGUUUGAGGAUUACGCCCUGUUGGAUCUCGCAAGCAAGCUGUUCAAGACGCUGUAUCCUAACGGCAGAUUUUUGGGAGCCUUGAAGAACGUGGACGCCGGAAUUGCCGACGAGCUCGACCACUCACUGCCAGCUCCAAACCCAACCAGCACCGUCAAGCUGGCCGUUGUGGGGGCCCAUCUCAAGGGACUGCCUCUCCACUGGCAGCUGGAGAAGGUGCAAGCUGCAUUUGUUGAAAAAACCACAACGUCCAAAAACUACAAGCUGUACGCGCUGCCGUUGACGGGUCCGAUUGCCAAGCCGGGGCUGCGCAGAGUAAGCUACGACGAACAGGGUUCUGAGAUCGAAAUUGAGAUAUAUGCUAUUCCGACAGAGAAGUUCGGAGAGUUUAUCUCGAUGGUUCCUGAGCCUCUGGGAAUUGGCUCCGUCGAGACCAAGUCGGGCGAGGUUGUGAAGUCGUUUAUUUGCGAGGAGAUCGGAUACUCCCAGAAGGGGGCCGAGGAUAUCACUGCGCUCGGUGGCUGGAGAAAUUAUUUGAAGCAGAAAGAAGUGUCAAAGAGGAAAAAACCGUUUGAGACAGUUUUGGUGGCCAACAGAGGAGAGAUCGCUGUGAGAAUCAUCAGAACACUGAAGAAGCUCGGCAUCAAGUCUGUCGCCGUCUACUCCGACCCAGACAAGUACGCCCAGCACAGUCUGAUCGCCGACGUUGCCAUUCCGUUGCACGGUGUUUCUGCUGCCGAGACGUACAUCAACAUCGACAAAAUCGUCAAGGCGUGUAAGGACUCCGGAGCAGAGGCCGUUUUACCAGGCUACGGCUUUUUGUCCGAGAACGCGGACUUUUCCGACAGACUGGCUGCCGAGCGCAUUGUAUUUGUUGGUCCAUCUGGAGAUGCUAUUAGAAAAUUGGGUUUGAAACACUCUGCCAGAGAGAUUGCUCAGAAAGCAGGCGUUCCGCUGGUUCCUGGGUCUGGGCUCGUGGCCACGGCUGCCGAGGCCAAGGAGAUCGCCGCCAAGCUGGAGUAUCCGGUCAUGGUGAAGUCCACUGCGGGCGGUGGUGGUAUCGGGCUCCAGAAGGUGGACUCGCCGGAGGACAUUGAGCGCGUUUUCCAGACGGUGCAGCACCAGGGCCAGGCGUACUUUGGAGACGCGGGCGUGUUCCUGGAACGAUUUGUCGAGAACGCACGUCACGUGGAGAUUCAGAUGUUUGGAGACGGUUACGGCAAGGCCAUUGCUCUGGGCGAGAGAGACUGCUCGUUGCAGAGAAGAAACCAGAAGAUUAUUGAAGAAACCCCUGCUCCCAACCUUCCAGAUGCCACCAGAGCCAAGAUGAGAAGGGCGGCCGAGCAGCUGGGAGCCUCAAUGAACUACAAGUGCGCCGGCACGGUGGAGUUCAUCUACGACGAGAAAAGAGACGAGUUCUACUUCCUUGAGGUGAACGCGCGGUUGCAGGUCGAACACCCUAUCACCGAGCAGGUCACCGGGCUGGACCUUGUGGAGUGGAUGCUGUACAUUGCUGCCGACAUGGCUCCUGACUUCAGUCAGCCAAUCAAGUGCGACGGCGCCUCGAUGGAAGCCAGACUGUACGCCGAGAACCCGGUCAAGGACUUCAUGCCGUCGCCGGGCCAGCUGACGGAGGUUAAAUUCCCGUCCUGGGCAAGAGUCGACACAUGGGUCAAAACGGGAACCGUGGUGUCUGCCGAGUACGACCCAACGCUGGCCAAAAUCAUCGUCCACGGCAAGGACAGAGCAGACGCACUGAAAAAACUCAGACAGGCCCUUGACGAGACGGUGGUGUACGGGUGUAUCACCAACAUCGACUACCUGCGCUCGAUCGCCAACUCGGAGAUGUUCGAGCAGGCCCGGGUCGCCACAAAGGUGCUGGACUCGUUCGAGUACAAGGCCAACGCGUUCGAAAUCACGUCUCCGGGCGCCUACACCACGGUGCAGGACUACCCGGGCAGAGCUGGCUACUGGCGUAUUGGUGUGCCACCAUCGGGCCCUAUGGACGCGUACUCGUUCAGACUCGCAAACCGGAUUGUUGGCAACCACCACAGGGCGCCUGCCAUUGAAAUCACCCUCAGCGGACCGUCUAUCCUGUUCCACCACGAGGCUGUGAUCGGUGUCACUGGAGGAGACGUUCCUUUGACCGUCAACGGAGAGCCAGUGGCUAUGUACGAGCCCGUCACUGUCAAGAGAGGCGACAAGCUGGUGAUUGGCAAACUCACGUCCGGCUGUAGAAGCUACCUGGCCAUCAGGGGCGGAAUCGACGUCACUGAGUACCUUGGCUCCAGAUCGACCUUCGCCUUGGGCAAUCUCGGAGGCUACAACGGCAGGGUGCUCAAGCUCGGAGACGUGCUGUUCCUGGGCCAGCCGAACCUGGCUGCCUGCACGCUGCCUGCUCCCGUGUCUGCUCCGCAGGCCGUUAAGAAGUCGCUGGCUCCGCCAAUAGCUGCCAAGGAGUGGCGCGUUGCCGUCACGUGCGGCCCGCACGGGUCGCCAGACUUCUUCCUGCAGGAGUCUAUCCAGGACUUUUUUGCGAACCCGUGGAAAGUGCACUACAACUCCAACCGGUUCGGAGUGAGGCUGAUUGGUCCUAAGCCGAAAUGGGCCAGAGAGGACGGUGGCGAGGGCGGCCUGCAUCCGUCGAACGCACACGACUACGUGUACUCGCUGGGAGCCAUCAACUUCACGGGAGAUGAGCCGGUCAUUUUGACGUGCGACGGUCCUUCGCUAGGAGGGUUUGUGUGUCAGGCCGUUGUCGCGCAGGCCGAGAUGUGGAAGAUCGGCCAGGUCAAGCCGGGCGACCAGAUCACGUUCUACCCAGUGUCGUUCGACGCUGCUCUCAAAUUAAGGGUGGACCAGGACAGAGCCAUUGAAACGUUGCAGGGCACCGUUCCUGCCAUUGAGUACGGGCUCUCUGCUCCACAGGACCCUGUUCUCGCCAGAUACCAGCCCGGAGGCUCGUCCGCCGCGCCGGUCGUCACGUACAGACAGGCCGGCGACCGCUAUGUGCUUGUGGAGUACGGCGAGAACGUGAUGAAUUUGAACUUGUCGUACAGAGUGCACAAGCUGAUCGAGAUGGUGAACACACACAAGACGGUUGGCAUUGUGGAGAUGUCGCAGGGCGUGCGGUCUGUGCUGGUCGAGUUCGACGGAACCAAGAUCCACCAGAGCGACCUGGUCGAGACGCUCAUUGCGUACGAAAGAGAGGUGGCAUUCACCAACAGGUGGACGGUUAAGUCACGUGUCGUGAGACUGCCUAUGGCGUUCGAGGACAAGAAAACGCUGGACGCCGUCAAGAGGUACUCCGAGACGAUCAGGUCGAGUGCGCCUUGGCUGCCCAACAACGUGGACUUCAUUGCGCAGAUCAACGGCAUCGAGAGGUCUGCCGUCAAAGACAUGCUGUACACGGCGCGGUUCCUGGUCCUCGGCCUGGGAGACGUGUUUCUGGGUGCUCCGUGCGCGGUGCCGCUGGACCCCCGUCACCGGUUCCUCGGCACCAAGUACAACCCGUCCAGAACGUUCACGCCAAACGGCACCGUUGGCAUUGGAGGCAUGUACAUGUGCAUCUACACCAUGGAGUCGCCUGGUGGCUACCAACUCGUGGGAAGAACCAUUCCUAUUUGGGACAAGCUGUCCCUGGGAGCACACACUGUUGCUCACAACGACGGCCAUCCAUGGCUAUUGACUCCGUUCGACCAGGUGGAAUUCUUCCCCGUGACGGAGGAAGAGCUCGACCAGAUGGCCGAAGACUCGAAGCACGGCCACUACAAGGUCGAGAUGGUGGAGUCUGUCUUUGACCACGGCAAGUACUUGUCUUGGAUCCAGGAGAACUCCGAGUCGAUCGAGGAGUUCCAGAAAAAACAGGGCGGCGAGAAGCUCGAGGAGUUCAAGCGGCUGAUCCAGGUCUCUAACGCAGAGCUGCAAAAGUCCGGCUCCGCCGCCGUCGAGAAGGAGGAGAGCUAUCCGGAAGACGCCGAGAUGGUGUACUCUGAGUACUCUGGACGGUUCUGGAAGCCGCUGGUCAAGGUCGGCGACGAGGUUAAGGAGGGACAGGGCCUGGUGGUUGUCGAGGCCAUGAAGACUGAAAUGCUGGUGAACUCUCCAAAAGCCGGAAAAGUGCUUAAAAUCCUACACACCAACGGAGACAUGGUCGAGGCCGGCGACCUUGUGGUGGUGAUCCAGUGA